AUGUCAAAUAAAGUAAUCAAACAACAAUUAAAAGUUUUAAAUGGAGAAGAAUUAAGAGUAAAUAAAAGAUUUCAAAAAUUGAAAUCACCACUUGAUAAAGUUAUUAAACAAAAAGUGGAUCAAGAUAAAAUUUUAGAAGAGAAUUUAAAAUUGUUAAGAAAGAAAACUAUUGUAUCAUCAGAAUCAAGAGCAGCACAAAAAAAGAGAGAUAUUAUUCAAUCAAAUAUACAAAAAGAAAAUGAAAAACAACAAGAUAGGAAAAAAGUUGCAAAGAGAUUAUCACAAAAAAAGAAGAAUGAAAAGAAAAUUAGAGAACAAUUUGCAGUUCAAAUGCAUUAA